UCUUUAUACUAAGCAGACAUAUAUCCAAAGUUCCCUUUUUUUUUGUUUGUCUACCUAUAACUUGUUUUUAUGAGUACCCAAAUUAUUUAGCAUGUGUUGCCCUCGCUCAAGAUCACGAACUCCAGCCCGAGAGGAGAAUAAAGAGUUUCGCGACAAUUCCCAUGACAAUACAGUAUCAUUGAGUGAAUUGCUAGAUGAAGACUUUCAAUGUCUAAUGCGCAUGGCACGAGCCAUGUGCAAUACUCUACGACGCCCCAAUGAUCGUAUGACAUGUACUAGCACGCUGAGCGAAUUGGAGAAGUUUAAUGCGACCGACUCGCUUGAAGUUAAGCAAAAUGUGCGCAAGUUUUUAAGAUUUUAUCUUAAAGUACUGCGCUGGACGCAGACCCAUCAGCCUUGUGUCUAUGAUAAAUGGUAUGGGAAUUGCAGUCAAAAUGCAAACAAAUCUAUGCUUAACGAGACUGAGAACGAGAUGCAAGUUUGGCUGGAAGAAGGCAGAUCGUAUAUGGCUAUGAAAACCUUUGAGGAUGGCUCAACUAUUAUAUACUCGGCCGUUGCUAAAGAUCCUAGCGCUGGCUGGGAUGAUGAAGGUUUCAAAACAUUGGCGACAACAGCAAACGAGCAACAUGAAUGUGAUUAAUUUAAAUGUAUACGCCAAGUUACUAACUAUAUGUAUUUCGUUUUUUAAAACGCACAAUAAAUGUUGCGACAUUCGGUCUAAACCGUUUAGCUUAAAAUUACAUA